AUGCGCAGCGCACGAGCAGCGGACCGGCUGAAGGCGGUGCGCAGCGAGCAGCCGUUCCGGGCGCAGGCCCUGCCCCCGCGACGGUACCUGUCUGCCGGGGCGAGUCCCGUGGCGCUAACGCCCAGCUUCUCGAGCCUCUCACCGCUGUACCCGCUGGCCGCGUCCCCGCACUCGGUGGUCUCCUCCGCCUCCUCUACCACGCUGGACGACGCCAUCGGCCGCCUCUUCACGCGCUACUUGCCCACGUUCUUUGACUUGCUGGAGAAAUACCAGUACCAAAAGGCACUGCUGAUACUGGAGGAUGAAGAGGAGACACAAUGGAAGAGCUGGGAAGCCUUCAAAGUCAUGCUGAAACUCGGUGCAUCCUGUGAGAGCACGUAUCAUUUGAUGAAGUACGUGGAGGCGGAGCUGGUGCAGACCGACACGAUCGAGCAGUUGUAUGGGAAACUGGUUGUGCUUAUGAGUCACUUGGCGGAUGAGCUCAAACCGAUUGUAGAGCGGCAGAGCAGACACUUUUCCGUGCAUACGCCGACCCCGAGUGUCAUUGGGAAUAGCAAUGCAGGUGUUAAUGGGACUCAUGCCGGGGAGGAUGAUAGCGGUGACAGUGGCGAUUAUGCCUCUGACCCCAUGCUCAUGAUGGAGAUUGCGAUGUGCGGCGAUAUGAGCUACUAUGUGGAGCUACUGGAGCAGGGUGCCGAGUUCUUUUCGCUUCGUGUUCCGAUGAUACAGAUUUACCGUGGUCUCGCGCUUUCAACGGUUCCUCGUGACUAUCAUAGUAUUCUGAAACGACUGGAAACCUUGCUACUACGAUUCGACACUUUCGACCACCCGCUUCUGGAGACGUUAAAGCAAUCAGCCAUCGAGGAGCUCAGUACGGUGCACGCAGCUAUUCAGUGUGAAAUUCGCGUGGCGGAAUACGAUUUCACCCGCUCAAUCGUGGCAUUACACCGACUCAAGGUCCAGCUUCGCUCCUGGAGUGAUCAUAUUGAUGCUGUGUCGGACUACCCGCUUUUUGAAGGCACUGGUGUCGACUGUGGUGCUGGUGGUGAUGAAGAGGGCUUACUCCUGGACGAGUCGGACGAUAACUACGGCGUUACUUCGGAGUCAAUCUACUCCAACACGAGUCACCAGUCCACGUCGUCCUAUGCACGUGGGCCCUUGUUGAAUUCAAGUAUGAGCGGAGACUCGUACGGUCCAAACAGUGCCACCCCAGGUGCCGCUCCUUCAUCGCUGGUUGAGUCCCUGGUAUCUUAUCGUGGAGGGCGUUUUACAAACGUGGGUGAUACCUCCUACGACAUCGCCGACGAGAUGUCCUUGCUUGAAAGGCACCAGUCGGGUGUCUCGCUGAACAGCUGCUCCAGUCCAGCCGGCGGAGGCAUGAUUGGCGGAAGUACUAAUCCAGUGGCGGCCGAAAUGAUGGCGUCUUCCAUGAAGAAACAAGAGCGUGACGAUGGUUUUGCACUGCCAGUUUUCCAGUGGUCCAAGCGUUUCUACCGCUCGCUUGUGGCGAAAUUCACGCUCUACUUUCACCGCUGGCUCGAACCUUUCGAGAAGAAGACAGACUACCUGUCACUCGAGCUCUCGCGCUUUAUCAAAACACCACUGGGGAUUUCGUAUCUUCAACUGAUGGAUGUUCUGCUGUCCAAAGCAAGUCGAGGGGAUGGAAGCAAGCUUCGUGUCAUGCUAAUUCUUGAAACACAAGCACUCGAGAACAAGGGCGCUCACUACUAUGAGAACGGAUACCGGUGUCCAGGCUCAAGCAACGCGCUGUACACGCGCACGGAUCAAGAGAAGCAAGACGACAAGGAGGAGCAGGAAGCCAAACAGAAGGCCAUCGCUUCUGCAGGCUCUGCAGAUACGUCGGGCAGAAGCAGCCGCACUCAUUCGCCUGCAUCUUCUAGAGGGGGAGGCGCGUCGCCAGCAAAUGGACGUCGGCGGUCGCUGGAUCAGCAGACGAAUCACGCGUUGUUUAUGCGUGUUGACCGCGAGGAGAACGAGGAGCAGAAUGACUUCUCGGAGCUAUGGGGGCUUCGCAGCUGGCCAGCAGUGUUUUGUUAUCCUGAAGGCUCGACACUCCCGCUGGAUCACUGGCCGAACAUCGUUAGUCUCAUCAUGGAUAACCGUUCUUCGCUCGACUCCGUUCGGCCUGUGUUCAUGCACGCGGAGCGGCGGCAGAAGACAACGUAUCACAUCUCGCGAGUGGACGAAGCCAUGUACCUCGUGCUACUCGCAGAAGGAGUGAAGAAGUCUAACGAAAAGGUGGCUCAGGACUUCAUGCAAACUGUAACUGAGAACUUGCAGCACUCGGGCGCGUUUGCACCUCGAGUUUUGGCUGCAACUUCGUCCACCACGGCAUAG